ACGUGCCGUGCGUGUGACGUCAUCGCGCUCGCAGGGUGGAGGAGGGUGGGGCGGGGAGCCCGAUAGAGGCGGGGCGGGGCUCGCGCUGCAGCGGCAGCGUUAGGGAAGGAGGAGGAAGCGGAGGAUGGCGGAGCGACACCUCGGGAGCUUGGCAAGAAAACUCUGCUGAUUAUUUUUCCAGUUACGAUCUGGCCGAGGAAGAUUCUACAGUCAAGACUGGUGUGACGCUCCCAGCCUCCCUGUUCGCGCCCCUGCUCCAUCGCACCCCUCUAUUUCUCGUGGAGCGUUGAUGGACGCUGGAGCCACCGGGCGUCGUCGACCGUCAUCGAACAAACGUGCUCACGUGAGCACACGGGGAUGUACGAACGCGACGAGGUACGCCGGCGAUUUUGAAGCUUUCUGUCCGAGUCGAGAACGAGAGGAGAGAAGAAGGGGGAGAGAUAAGAAGACAGAGGCCGGUCUCAUGCUUUGUCGGGCCGAAGCGCUUUCACCAUGAGCGGCUCUUUAGGCAAAGACAAAGACUGCAAAGAAAAGGAGGCCAAAGUGCUCACGGGCAAGGAGCGUGAUAAGGAGCCCAAGGCGCCUGCCAGCCUUGGCAAGGAGGGCAAGGAGCCCAAAGCCAAAGGGAAAGAUGCCAAAGAUGGCAAGAAGGACGCGAGUAGUGCACCACCGGCCGUCGCGUUCUCCGUAGACAACACGAUCAAGCGACCGAACCCGGCGACGGGUGCACGCAAGAAGUCCGGCAACGCCGAGGUUGCCAAGGAGCUGGCAAAAUGUCGUGACGAGAAUGCGACACGUCUCGACCUGUCCAAACGAUCCAUCCACCUGCUCCCGCCAUCGGUCAAGGAGCUGACGCUGCUCACCGAGCUCUACCUUUACAGCAACAAGCUGCAGAGCCUCCCAUCGGAGCUGGGCUGCCUAUCAGGCCUGGUGACGCUGGCGCUGAGCGAGAACUCGCUCACGAGUCUGCCGGACUCUCUGGAAAACCUGAAGAGGCUGCGCAUGCUCGACCUGCGGCACAACAAGCUGCGGGAGAUCCCGCCCGUGGUGUACCGCCUCUCGUCUUUGGCCACCCUGUACCUGCGCUUCAACCGCAUCACGGCCGUGGAGAAGGACAUCCGCAACUUGAGCAAGCUCACCAUGCUGAGCAUCCGCGAGAACAAGAUCAAACAUCUGCCUGCCGAGAUCGGAGAGCUGUGCAACCUGAUCACUCUGGACGUGGCCCACAAUCAGCUGGAGCAUCUUCCCAAAGAGAUCGGCAACUGCACGCAGAUCACUAACUUGGACCUUCAGCACAACGAGCUUCUGGAUCUUCCCGAGACGAUCGGCAAUCUGUCGAGUAUCAACCGCCUCGGUCUGCGGUACAACAGGCUGUCUGCGGUCCCCCGAUCGUUAGCCAAGUGCCGGGAGCUGGAAGAGUUAAACCUCGAGAACAACAACAUCUCCGUGCUGCCCGAGGGUCUGCUGUCUAGCCUGGUGAACCUGACGAGUCUGACGUUGGCGCGCAACUGUUUUCAGUCCUAUCCCGUGGGAGGACCGUCGCAGUUCUCCACCAUUUACUCGCUCAACAUGGAGCACAACCGUGUCAACAAGAUCCCCUUCGGCAUAUUCUCACGAGCCAAGGUUCUCGGCAAGCUCAACAUGAAGGACAACCAGUUGACCUCGCUGCCGUUGGACUUCGGGACAUGGACCGGCAUGGUGGAGCUCAACCUGGCCACCAACCAGCUGACCAAGAUCCCGGAGGAUGUUUGCGGGCUCGCUUCCCUCGAGGUCCUCGUCUUGUCCAACAACCUGCUGAAGAAGUUACCUCACGGGAUCGGCAACCUGCGGAAGAUGCGUGAGCUCGACCUGGAAGAGAACAAGCUAGAGUCUCUGCCCAACGAGAUCGCGUACCUGAAAGACCUGCAGAAACUGGUCCUGACCAACAACCAGCUCACCACUCUACCCAGAGGGAUAGGACAUCUGACCAACCUGACUCAUCUGGGACUGGGAGAGAACCUCUUGCAGCACCUGCCUGAAGAGAUCGGCACCCUGGAGAACCUGGAGGAACUGUACCUGAACGAUAACCCCAACCUGCACGGGCUGCCUUUCGAGCUGGCGCUGUGCAGCAAGCUGUCCAUCAUGAGCAUCGAGAACUGCCCACUCGGCCAGCUCCCACCGCAGAUCGUCGCCGGCGGCCCGUCCUUCAUCAUCCAGUUCCUCAAGAUGCAGGGCCCUUACCGUGCCAUGGUCUGACCGCCAGAACUCGCCCCGGGACCUACGACUGUAAAAAGAGAGAACGAAAAUGAAUUCGGAUCACGUUGCGCUGAAUGUAGAGAUCGUAAGACUUUUACGAACAAAAAACUGAUCUCUGAGCAAAAUACGCAAAAACACUUUUGUCAUAAACACCAACCAACCCUCCCCACCCACCCCACAUACGCUGCUGCUGCUGCCGCCGCCCCAUAUUUCUUUCUUUCUUUUUUUUGUGUGGGGUGGGGUGUUUACCUUCUAAUAAACGGCUCUGUAGUUUGGUUUUGUACAAAGGUAAGUUAGCGCAAUUGUGACAACCUUUUUAUACGAACGUGCCUGUCUGGCAUGAGCGGCGGGCUUGUUUUCUGAAUUGGUGAUUUGGUCCAGUGGCGUUAAAGACGACAAAGGCGUAGACAAAUAUAUAUAAUUUUUAUUUUAAACACACCGCCAGGACAUUAAACAUGAAUCUUGUUUUUUAAUGUGCGAUUUGGCCAGGUUUUUAAGUGUACUAAUUAAGCUUUAUUAUGCGUUUUUGUUUCUUCUUUCUUUCUUUAAAUCAUAUCAGAGGAUCCAAGAAACCACAACAAACUUAAACCGCCAAAAAACAUAUCGUUAAGGCUAUCACCGGGUGGACAAAAAAAUUAAGACAUGCAGAAAUUCAGCACGGUCGAAGCACGAUUUUUCUUUUCUACUUUUAUGCACUUUGUAAUGAGAUCUGACUCUUUUUUUUUUUUUUUUUUUUUCAAUCAAUCUAUCGGUUUGCUUAUCAUGACUUACUGUUUGCAAAGUGUUAUGUUUAUUUUUUAUUUUUUUUUUAUCAAGUUAUACACACCCUUAAUUUUUUUCACUAUUUGAUCAGAAUUGUCUUUAUUUAGUAUUGUAUCAAUAUCGAGUGACUGUACGUUUGAACAAACCAUGUACUCUAUCGAUCUUUCUUUUCCACUCGUGUUUUCUUAUCACGUUUUUAUCUCGUCAAAACGUGACCACCGGCAGUGGGGGGCGCGUCUGGAAAAGCGGAGCAUAACGGACGUCACUAGAGGACAUGUAAAAAGGGCUUUUUUUUUUUCGUUUGGCCCCUAUCCCCCCUUCCCCGUGCCCCGCCCGCAGGUGCACCGCGGGUAGCGCGUUCCCGGUUUUGUAUAAAAGCUUAGACAAAGUGUACAUUGAAAAUGGCUUUUUGUGUAAUUACAGUUAGCUGUUAACAAGAUGGAAUAAUGAUUAUUAUUGUUACGUGGAAAAUAAAUGCCUUCGAUGAGACGGAA